GUGUGACGUCAGCGGAAGUGGUCAGUUGCUAAGCUGCGCGUCUUCAGCAGCCACAACUUUUUUUCAACAAGUCGUCAGCAGGCUUGCAGCAAGUGAACCUUGACCUCUGCGCUGCUCCACUGCACUUGCAGUUGAACAGGUGGACCAGGCUAAUUCCCGACGUUCCAGUGAGUUCCAGUCAUUAGUCUGAGCCGCUGGGACAUUCAUGGCUGUGGCCAGCGCCACGAAGAUCUCAUGGCGACUGCAGGAGUUUGAGGCUCACAGCAGUCGAGUCUCCUGUGUCUCUCUGGGGAAAAAUUCCGGUCGUCUGCUGGCCAGCGGUGGUGAAGACUGCAGAGUCAACAUCUGGUCUGUGAGCAAGGCCAACUGCAUCAUGAGUCUGAGCGGUCACAAGAAGCCAGUAGAAUGUCUUCACUUCAACUCGUCAGAGGAGCUGCUGGCCACCGGUUCUCAGUCCGGGUCUAUACGAGUGUGGGACCUGGAGGCCGCCAAAAUCUUGCGUACUCUGGCUGGACACAAAGCGAACAUCACCAGUUUGGGAUUUCAUCCUGUUGGGUACUUUUUGGCCUCCAGCUCCACGGACACAAAUAUCAAGCUAUGGGACAUGCGAAGGAACGGCCACCUCUACAGUUACAAGGGCCACACGCAGGCCGUCAGGAGUCUGGCUUUCAGCCCCGACGGGAAGUGGCUGGCGUCGGCGGGGGACGACCGCACCGUCAAGUUGUGGGACCUGAUGCAGGCCAAGACCAUCAGCGAGUUCAACGCGCACGACGCCCCUGUCACCGCCAUCCAGUUUCAUCCAAAUGAGUACCUCCUGGCGUCCGGCAGCGCCGACAGGUCCGUGAAGCUGUGGGACCUGGAGAAGUUUUCCAUGGUGGCCUCGUUAAAGGGCGAUACCAGUCCGGUCAGGUGUAUCCUCUUCAGUCCAGACGGAAGCUGCCUGUUUAGCGGCUCUACAGACUCUCUGCGUGUUUACGGCUGGGAGCCCGACCGCUGCUUGGACUCUGUGGCUGUGGGGUGGGGCCGAGUGUGUGACCUCGCCGUCUGCAACGAGCAGCUGAUCGGCGCGUCUCACCAGCUGAGCAGCGUGGCGUCCUACGUGGUGGACCUGAAGCGCGUCAAGACGACGCCCACGGUCCCAGGAGUCGUCCAGAACCAGCAGCCGUCGUCCGAGCCCAAGGGAGUGGCGCUACGCCGCAGCUACGAGCGACCCGUGACCGACUGCCGUGCUCAAGGGGUGAAGCGCAGCUCAGAUGCUGACAGGCGGAGUCCUGAAGGCGAGAGGCGGAGUCCUAGCGAGGACGAAGCGGACGAGAAAGUUUCUUCGGCUGAAAUCCACAAUGCGGAAGACUACAAGGAAAUCUUCCAGCCCAAGAACGCCAUCUCUCGAACUCCUCCCAAGAUGGCAGAGCCUUUCCCCGCGCCCCCAGAGGAUGAACUUUCGUCAUCGUUUGGACAACAUAUCCACAACUUGCCCGUUAUUCCCGACAAUCUGCAGGUGUCGCCGUUGUCCACGUCCACGCCCAUCCAGAGGGUGGAGCCAAUUGUGGUCACCUGCACCAAGAACCCCACCCCCUCGGGUCAGGUGUUCCCGGCCCCUGCCAGCAGCAUGCCGCCACCACCGCCGCCGCCUCUUCAGACGUCUGUCCAACCGCAUCCUACAAUCUUCCCCGUCAGCAGGAACGAGCCAAUCGGCCUCAAUGUGGCCGACUUCCUGCCUUCAUCGCAGGACAAGAGAGCGCCGGUUCUGAGCGACGACGAGGCGCUGAGUCAGAUCCGCAAAGGUCACGACACCAUGUGCGUGAUGCUCAGCAGCCGACACAAGAACCUGGACAGCGUGCGAGGCGUAUGGGCCCGCGAGGGCAUCAAGUGCGCUUUGGACGCUGCAGUUUCCAUGAAUGACCUGUGCAUCGUCGUGGAUGUCCUCAGCAUCGUCAACAUGCAGCCGGCGCUGUGGAAACUGGACGUGUGCAUGACGAGUCUUCCUCAGAUUGACAAACUCUUGCAGAGUAAAUACGAGAGCUACAUGCAGUGCGGCUGCACGUCGCUCAAGAUCAUCAUGAAAUAUUUCUGGCCGCUCAUCUCCGACACGCUCAGGGCGGCGCCAUCGGUGGGCGUGGACAUCACACGCGAGGAGCGACACCAUAAGUGCAGGAUGUGCUACAAGCAGCUGAAGAACGUCAACAACGUGGUGAAGAACAAGGCGUCUCAGGUCGGCCGCCAUGGUUGUGCCUUCAGGGAGUUGCAGCUGCUCUUGGCGCCGCUGGACGAUGCGCUUUGAAGGGAAAAAGAACUUUUAGGAGCUUUGCAUUCUUUCAAUAAAGUUAAAAAAACUUUUGCA